AUGCAGGGUUCCCUCGUGCUCAGCCUUCUGGCCGUGCUCCUAGCUGCAGCUAAUGGCGAAUAUUCCUGUUCAUGCAUGAAUUCCCCAGCUAAAUGUUCUCUCAGUGAGGAUCAGUGCACAGUAAAUUCCACCAAUGGGGCCUGCAUGUUCACUCUGGAAACAGUCUCCUCAGGUGAUGAGACCGUCUACGCAACUUGUGUGGAGAACCGCACUACCUGCCUCACAGGGCUCAUCAGCCUGACCGUCGGGACUGACAAACAAGUGAGGACCAACUCCAUGUGCUGUCAAAGCAACAAAUGCAACCAGAAUAUAACCCUGGCCGUGCCGCCGAAGAGCUCACCCAAGAACGGGCUGCAGUGCGCAGCCUGCGAUGCGCCGGAUGCUGACCAGUGCAAGAACGUGAACAUCCCCUGCAUGGGCUCUCAAGAUCGUUGCAUCGACUUUGCUGGGACGCUUGUUAAAAGCACCACCACCACAUUGGUCUUGAAAGGCUGCGCUACCCAGAGCGCCUGUGAGCUGGAAGUCAAUGGCACUUUCUACUAUUCCCAGAAGACAUAUACGCUGACCAAAGCCAUCUGCCGUGCGGCUACCAGCAAGGGCUCUAACGUUGCUGUUCACGCCCUGGCGUUCUUCCCAACGUUGGCCGGGCUGCUCCUGGGGAAACAGCUGUCCUGA